AUGCAAGACCGCUUUACGAAGUGGGUCGAAUUAAGCCCACUCCGGCGAGCAACCGCGGCGCAACACGUCACCGACCGCAUCGUCUACUGGCACGGAUGUCCCCGGCAGGUCAUCUCGGACAACGGUAGGCCGUUCAUCGGGCGACCAAUGAAAGCCCUGUUACAGGAGCUAGGGAUAGAACACCGUACCACACCAGCCUACGCACCCCACUGUAACCCCGUUGAACGGACCAACCGGACGAUUAAGACGAUGGUAGCACAGUUCGUGGGGAACAACCACCGACUGUGGGACCAACAACUAGGCGCACUGCAGUUCGCCUACUAUACGGAUCCGCACGACGCCGGAUACUCGCCCGCCUACUUAAACCACGGGCGCGAAUUAGAGGAACCGACCGGGCUCCGCGAUCAACGGCCAGUACCGGCAACAGCACCAACCGCCAAUCAACGACGACUAGAGGAGGCUUACGAGGUCGUGCGUACCAAUCUGGCACGUGCCUUCAACCGGCAAGAACGGCACUACAAUCUACGAAGGCGAGCAUGGAAACCGGCAUUAGGGGACACCGUAUGGAAGCGAGAACAUCUGCUAUCCAAUAAGGGCCAGGGGUUUAAUGCAAAGUUAGCCCCUAAGUAUGCCGGACCGUUCGAAGUCCGCAAAAUACACUCCCCCGUGAUCGUGGACAUCCGAGACCCGCAGGGCAAAUGGCACCGUCGAGUCCACGUGCAAGACCUUAAGCCUGGCACACGAGGAGCCGCUACCGAACAAACCGAUACCGAGGAUGACGGAGACGACCGAGCAGACGACAACCGAGCAGACGACGACCGUGCAGACGACGACCGGGCAGAUGACGACCAAGCAGAAGAUACCCACGGCAACCAUGAAACAGCAGAAUCCGAUGCCGAUGACCCUGCCAGGAGUUGA